AUGGCGCAAUCGCAUCUGGUUAGCAGACUCCCUUUCAGUGAACCUGAGCACGGGUGGGCUCUCGACGUCGGAUCUUUCCUGGCUGCUUGGUGCACGGCAUUCAGAGGACUUGUCCAGGCAUCGACUCCUGAAGCACGAGUGCUGCUGGUGCGAUACUGUCGGUUAUACGCACACAACAUCACGAGCCGGCUUGCAACCCAUGGAGUCGUGGUGGACUCGAAGGUAUUUGAGCCAAAGAACUUCCAACAGAUGGACGAGGCAGUGGUCGAAGUGACGAACAAAGUCAGAAAGACCAGGUCAGUAGCGCACUGCGCCUUUGUCUCUCUCGGCAGAGCCACCACCUUGGUAGAACUUGGAAUGAAGCCGGGUAUGGCCAACGAGUACUAUGCUCAGCACCGGGAGAGCGCGACAUCAGCCAUCAAGCAAUUGCUCCAGCUAUGCAAAGGCCGCUUUCCAGCAGAGAUGCAAGCUGAAGCUAUACGGAUCGAACUCCUUCAGCUUGGAGGCAACGUCGAUAACGUAAGGAGAGUACUUUUGGGCUCUGGUCGAGCUUCAUCCAAUGUUACCCGCAUUGCGAUUGAUGAGGCACGCGAUAAGAGGAUUGCUUCUGUCCGCACUGAGGAAGAGCUGCCGCGGAUGAUGGCCGAAGCAGCGAUAUGA